AUGUCGUCGACCACCAAGACAACGUCGUCACCGUCUUCUCUUGAUGCUCUCGCCCGCUGGGCGCGCCUCAAGAAAUAUCGCAUCGAGGUUACCUACGGUGUAUAUGUCUACACGCCGAUGGAGAAGGUGGUCUUCUGGUCCAUCUUCUGCCUCCUCUUCACCAUCCUGCCUUUCGCCGCCGCCCUCUACAUCCGGCGCAGUGUCCCUAUACUUGUGAGACAGGCAUCCGUCUACGUCAAUGCCCGCGACGUGUUAUCAAAUCUGUUUCCGAGGAAGGACGUGGCCUUGCCAAUGCACGGAUCGGCACGCUCGACAUCGCUUAUGGAGGUGAUCAGUAACGCUGCGAAUUCUCAGAUCCCGUAG